AAUAUCUUGAGAAAUAUGUCAAAGGAGGCCUCAAAGAUUAAGGAAAAUAGCACCCAUCUGGGCAAACAAAUCUCUAAAAUUAAUUACUCUAUGAGCGUGGAAAAGGCACCACAGAAGGGUAAAUAAGACCAAUGCUUAUCAGAAGUGGGGGAAGAGACAUAAGAAGAAGUUUAAACAGAGUUUUAAUUCUAAUGAGGGAGCCAGAUCUGGACAGCCUACCAAUCCUCAUUCACAUCAGGAGAUGAAACAGAGUUCUAAAUACAAUUUGGAGGUUGAAAGUGAUUUACCCAAAGAAAAAACACUUGGAGUUUCUAAUUCUAUUAAUUCAGACCUUGGGUCACAAAAACUUUCUAAUUGCAAGACAAAUACUAAAAAUACUAGAAAACUGAAGAACUUAAACUCAUAUCUGCCAAAUUUGGAUUCCUCAGUGUCAAAUCUUAAGAACAAGAGCAUCUCGAUCAAUAAGACCGAUGGUAAAGGAAACAGAGGGAGAAAGAAAGUCUAUAAGGAGAAAUCUCCUAUCCACUUCAAAGAUAAGCAUAGCCCUUCUUCCAAUAACUACGGACUUCCCGAUAUCAGACUUAGUGGAUUUAAGAAGCGAAAAAGCGAGGACAUUUUCGUCGGCAAGCCUCAUGCUAACAAAAGGGAUCAGAAUUCAGAUAGAAAUAAAAAUAACUCCCAUACUUCAAUGAAUAAGAAACACAAGAUUAACAAAAGAGGAAUUAAGAAGGAAUUCAUGUGUUAUGGAGAACAACAAGAUAAACCCCCGAAAGUCAAGAAGGAUACCUCCCUUCCUCCUCCUUUGAAGACUAGAGGGCUAGAUAUCGCUCCUCGGGAGAAAGCUGUGAAUUAUGAAGAAGGGAUUAAUCUGUCCAAACCAGAGAUGAGCCGGUCUAAAAUGAUGUCUGAGCAGGAGCUGCUUAACUAUAUCUUCUCAAGCCGGAACAACAUUAAUGGAAUGCCGAAGAUCAACCUGGACUCCUCUUCAGUCAGCAAGAUGGAGUCCUAUCAAUUCAGGAUACCCAAUCUAGAUGUAAAGGAGUUAUCGGACUCUUCCAGUCUGACGAAGAACAAAAUAGACAAGCACAAUGCUGUGAUUCAAAACUUAAGCUUGAAAGGAAGCCGGAACCGCAUGAUUGAUGGAAAUGAGCCAAACAGCUUCCAGGAUAUACUGACAGACAACUCUAAUGCUUCUAAGGAUAAGAAGAAUCAACUCCUGUCGUUUGAGAAGAUCUCUACUAGCGAUAUGAGUGAUUACUAUAAGGCUCUUAAGAGCAAUUUUGGAUACUGAAAAAACCUGAAGAAGUUGAUUAGCCAUGAUUCUAAAAAUAAGAUGCUUGAAAGACUUCUUAACAAGCAUAAAAAGGCUGAAAGACUUAAGUCCAAUAACACUCAUUCUACUGUAAUGAGCAGGCCUAAGGAGGACCCAAUGUUUGGCUUGGACCUAAAAGAGGAUCAUGUGAUGAACAAGGAGAAUAGAAAGUUUGACAAAUAAGAACAGGAACAAAUCUAAUGCUAUUGCUAAGAAUCCAGAUGCAGCCACUAAGCUGAAAUAAAAUCAAAGGAAUGAUCAGUUGUAACAGAAGUCACGAAGACAUGCUUUCAGGCCAUGUUGAUGAAGAGAUUGAGAAGCUUGAUAGAUUAGCACUAAUCAACGCUAGUGCUAGAUUCGAUCUACUAUCAGCGAAUAAGCAAUUGCUCUCUUUUAAACUAAACAACAUUAUUAAGAACAAGGAUAGCCAAUAUCAAGAGAACCAAAAGAAUGGUGGUCGACCAUUAAGAGUUGAUACUGCUGACGGAGAUGUCAAUGCAGAGCAAAGGAAACAAAAAGCCCAAAAUCCAGUCAAAAUUAUCCAGAAUAGUAUUGCAGAUGUUUCUAGGCUGGUUUAGUUCAAUUAAAAAUUCAGUUUUGCACUC